GACAACUAAUACAAACAUGGUGCGCUCCAGAAGUUGAAGCAUGUUGUUUUCAUGGAUACAGAAAAUAUGUAUACAUUAACGCCAUUUAUUCUAUGUUAACACGUUUUCAAACUAUCGUGCAGACACUGAGAAAUUGUGCAAAUUGCAUAAGUUUCACAUAGUAAUGUUGUGGGCUGUAUACAUCAUGCCGGGGUGUGUUUUCUGUUUGAGCUCCCGACACACAUCUUGAAGAAUAGCUCCGUCCGAUAUGUCUUUCUCAUUCAAAUUUGAUAUACCGGAUGCUGAAGGCGCGAUCCUUAACCAGGACGAGCAUGUCGAUUCAGAGUGCAAACACUUGACCAAGCCUGUUGCACCUUAUGAGGAGGUCGUGCCGAGGCAGGAGCAUGAAAACCGUCACGAAAGUCUGGAAAAAAGCGUGCUAGACCUGACAUCUAUCAAGGUAAUAUUUCUAGUUGGCGGCCAAAUGGAAAGCCUUCUCAGGGGGGAUGUUCUUGAGGCGACUGAAGGAAACCUGGACAUUGUUCCUAGUGUUUAUGAAGGUGGUAUGAAGGUCUGGGAGUGCUCCGUUGAUUUGGCGGAGUAUAUUGAAAACCAGCUGAGCAUUGAUGACGAAGCCAAAGUACUUGAGCUCGGAUGUGGUGCUGGCCUUCCAGGUCUCGUGGCCUGCCUCAAAGGUGCAUCUGUGGACUUUCAAGACUAUAACAAGCAGGUGCUGGACCUUAUCACCAUACCCAAUGCCUUUGCUAAUAUUGGUGCUCGGGUGAAGAAAAGGUGCCAUUUUUUUGCAGGCGAUUGGAGUGCAUUGGUGGACAACAUUCUGCCUGCCCAGUAUGAUUUCAUCCUGACAAGUGAAACAAUUUACAACACUGCUAGUUACCAGUCCUUGAUCGCAGUUCUGAAGAAGGCAAUCAAACACACUGGUAUUGUGCUUGUUGCUGCCAAAACUUGCUACUUUGGAGUUGGAGGUGGCACAAGAUUAUUUGAAGAUGCUUUGGCUGUAGAUGGAUUUUUCACAUCACGUGUUGUUUUUGUCACGGAUUCUGGUGUGCAACGGGAAAUUCUGGAGCUGCGUGUCAUGCCUCCACCCUGACAUUGCCCACAGGUAUGCAAUAAACACUUUUGUACAGAGCAUCCUGCUGAAA